CCGGGCGGGAGGCGCUCGGCUCCGCUCGGCUCCGUUCGGGCCGGUUCGGGCCGGUUCGGCAGAGCUCGGGCCGGUUCGGGUCGGUUCGUCUUCCCUCGGGCCGAACCGGAGUCGCUCGGGGACGUUCGGCUCGGUUCGGCAGAGCUCGUCUUUAGCUCGGGCCGGUUCGGCGGAAAUCGGGUUGGUUCGGCUGCCCUCGGACCGCCUCGGCUCGGCUCGGUACGGCAGGUCGCCGUCGCACGAGGGACCCCCCCACCCCGCCCCCCCGCCGCUCGUGAGCUCACGGCCCUCGUGCCGCAUGGCCCGGCCCAGCCCCCGCCUUGCACACGCGCCCCCCCCCGGGCACCACUGACCCCCUCCCCCCAGCCCCGGCCCCGCCGAGGAGUCGCCCAGCAGGCGGCCAUGUCGGGGGACUACGAGGAGGACGUGUGCCGCAGCGCCCUGCGGCUGGUGCAGGAGCUCUGCUUCGCCCCCCGCGCGCGCCCCCCCCACGCCAAGUGCCUGGAGUUCACCGACCUCCUGCGCCACCGCGGGCACCCCCGGGCCUCGGACACCGAGGUGUCGGUCAGCCUGCUCUCGGUGAUCGUGACGUUCUGCGGGCUCGUGCUGCUGGGGGUGUCGCUCUUCGUCUCCUGGAAGCUCUGCUGGGUGCCCUGGCGUCAUAAGGGGGGGGGCCCCCCCCCGAAAAGAGCCCCCCCAAAGCGGCCCGGGAGGGGGCCCCGUGACGACGACGCUGCUGACGACGGGUUUUGGGGACCCCCUGCCCGAUCGGGGGGAGGCGGGCGCCGAAUUGCUGCUGCCCCCCCCCCCCCCCCGAACGCUGUUACCGACAUGGGGCCCUGUCCCGAGGGGGGGGCGGGCAGGGGGCUCGGGGGGCCCCCCCCGAUUCUGGGGACCCCCCAGGUGCCCCCUCCGGAAUUAGGGGGGGAAGGGUCGGGUGCUCUGCCCAGCGCCCCCUCCCAGCAGCACGUGGGUGGCAGCACCCCGCUCCCCCCCCUCCCCGAAGAGCAGAACCCCCCCAACCUGGGCCAAAUCCAACCCGAGCUCUACCGACCCCGCGUCGCCGAUGACAUCACCGCCGCCGCCGCCACCCAGAACGACGGCGCAACGGGGGCGAGCGGGUGCCCCCCACCCUGCGGUCGUCUCGGGGUGUCGCUCCGUUACGCCUACGGCACCCAACAGCUGGUGGUGCGAAUCCUGCGGGCGCUGGACCUGCCCCCCAAAGACGCCAACGGUUUUUCCGAUCCUUACGUCAAAAUCUACCUCCUGCCCGACCGCAAAAAGAAAUUCCAGACCAAGGUCCAUCGGAAAACCCUGAACCCCGUUUUCGACGAAACCUUCAGUUUCGGGGUACCCUUCGCCGAGCUCCCCGCCCGGCGGUUGCAUUUCAGCGUCUACGAUUUCGAUCGGUUUUCGCGCCAUGACCUCAUCGGGCAGGUGGUGCUGGACAAUCUGCUGGAGGCGGCCGAGAGGGGCCCCGAGGUCCCCAUCUGGAGGGACAUCCUGGAGGGCAGCGGGGAGAAGGCCGACCUGGGGGAGGUGAACUUCUCGCUGUGUUACCUGCCCACGGCCGGGCGCCUCACGGUGACGGUGAUCCGGGCGUCCAACCUGCGCGCCAUGGACCUCACCGGCUUCUCCGACCCCUACGUGAAGGCGUCGCUGAUGGCGGAGGGCCGGCGGCUGAAGAAGCGCAAGACGUCGAUCAAGAAGAACACGCUGAACCCCAGCUACAACGAGGCCCUCGUGUUCGACGUGCCGCACGAGAGCGUGCACCACGUCAGCCUCACCAUCGCCGUCGUCGACUACGAUUGCAUCGGGCACAACGAGGUCAUCGGGCUGUGCCGCGUGGGCAGCGACGCCGAGGGGCCGGGCCGGGAGCACUGGGCCCAGAUGUUGGCCAACCCCCGCAAACCCAUCGAGCACUGGCACACGCUCGUCGAGGAGAAGGCGCUGGCGCUGGCGCCCAAGGGGUCGGCGCGGGACAAACCCGGCGGCGUGGUGGAGCCCGUCGGCCCCGACUGAGCCCAGCGCCGGGGUUGGAGGUGCCGGCCCGGCCGGGGGGGGGCCCCGCCACCGAAGCCAUAGGGACCCCCGGGCCCCCCCCGGGCCCCCCCCGGGCCCCCCGACCUGCACGACAAGGGGGGGCCCGGCCCCCCCCCCACUGUGAACCCCGGGAGCCGGGUCGGGGGGGGCCCCCACGCCCAUCCCCCACCCCCCCCACAGCCACGCGAAGGAUCCGGGA